AUGGGGUCAAUUGAAGUAGAAACCUUGGAAACGAUCAGUCGUGAAUUGGGAGAGGAUGGUGAUAGAAGAUUUUCCCAAACAACAACUUUUCUUAAGUCAGAUAUGAAAACCAACUGUUUUUUGAGAUUAUACCGUCAUGUAUUUCCAAGGGGAUACAAAUCAGAGUUCAAAAUUCUUUUUAAAUUGUCCUGGCCUACCGUAUUAGUUCAGCUGUUUGAACAGGCAUUAUUUAUCAUCAGUUUAAUGUUUUGUGGUCAUCUUGGUAAACAACAACUGGAUGGUGUGGCUCUAGCUCUCACUUUAAUCAAUGUAGCAGGAUGUUCUAUAUUACAAGGUCUAGCUGCUGGUUGUGAGACUCUAUUUUCUCAGACUUUCGGAAGUAAAAACAAGAUGAAAGUUGGCAUUAUUUUACAACAAAGUAUAUUAAUUUUAGGAAUAGUUUGUUUCCCAUGUUGGGCGUUUCUACUCAAUGUAGAUCAUAUUUUAAUAUCAGUAGGGCAGUUGGAAGAUGUUUCUCGAAAUGCUCUCCAGUAUGCGAUGUGGUUUAUCCCAGGCAUCCCUGGUUAUGCUCUGUGUAUGAUUCUUACCAGAUAUUUAAGAGCUCAGAGUAUAGUUAUACCAAGUUUUGUAUGUAGUUUUCUAUCGACUAUAAUGACAGCAGUAUAUCAUGGUAUAUUGGUAUAUUGGUGGCAACUAGGUAUUCGUGGUGCAGGUCUGGGAUUAAGUCUAGGAUUCUGGACCAAUGGUUUAUUACAUAUCUUAUACAUUAAAGUAACUAAAUUAUAUAAAACAACUUGGCCUGGCAUAUCAUGGCACUGUUUAGAAGACUGGAAACUCUAUAUGAGUCUAGCUUUUCCAGGAAUGCUGAUGUUGUGUCUAGAAUGGUGGAGUUUUGAAGUGUUAGUUUUCUUCGCAGGAAUGUUAGGAGCAACCUCUCUAGCAGCUCAUUCUAUCAUUUAUCAGAUGGCAGCCAUGGCAUUCAUGGCACCAAUGGGUCUAGCUCAAGCAGGAUGUGUUCGAGUGGGUAAUUUACUAGGUGAAGGUCAACAUCAGUUGGCCUUGACCUCAGCACAUGUUGUCAUUACAUGUACAUUUGGAGUAGCUAUAUUUGAUGCUGUGAUUAUUUGUAGUUUUAGAAACUAUAUUCCUUUAGCAUUUACUUCUGAUAUUGAUGUUAUAAAACUUACCUCCAGUUUGUUGUUGAUUUUAUCUGUGUUCCAUUUUAUAGAUGCUGCAGAGGGAGUAGUUGGUGGUGUAUUAAGAGGUGUAGGAAGACAGAAGUUUGGAGCAGUGAUAAAUCUUAUAGCUUAUUAUAUAAUAGGAAUACCAGCUGCUUUCUGUCUGAUGUUUUUAACUACUAUAGAUGUAGCAGGUGCUUGGUGGGGAAUAUGUUGUGGUUCCUUUUUCCAGUGCGUGGCCUUUUUCAUCAGAAUCUCAAGACUAAACUGGGUAGAAGAAGCUCAAUUGGCCUCUAUGAGAGCUGGCAUCUCUAAAUCAAAGACCCAGGGUGUUUCAGAUGAAAUGUUUUCAGAUGAGGAAGGCCUGAUAGAGACGGAUCAAUUAUUACUUACAGAUAGUGUAUCAGACAGUUUGAACAGCUCCGAUACCCAGUCACUAGUGUUAGAAAAACAACACAAAAAACAUCUCAUAUUACUACGCCUCAUUCCUGUAACCUGUUGUGUCUUGGUGUUCAUUGUGGGACUACUUUUACACUUGUUUUUACACGAGCCGUCUUCCUGUUACACAAUAGAUGGAAACAAAUUCAAUUUAACGUUUCUCCAAGAUCUUUUAUCUGAUCCCGAAGGACAUAAUUUAACAAGGUCACAAAUAACAAUGUUGAACCAGACAUAUUAUUUUGAAGUUAACCAUUUUAGAAAUUCUUCAUAUUUAUAUUGUCCUAAUGGAGAUACUUUUACUUCCCCUAGUGAAUAUAAUGAAACUAGACUUUUUCAGUCUCUUCAUCCCAAUCCUGUAGGCUGA